CAGGUCACCACCGCACUCGGCCACCAUCAGGUCGACCCAUGAACAGCACGAGUCUGAGUGACCUAGAAGAUGCUCCUGGCUCCUCUUCAAGUGUCGAUAGGUUUCUCCUGGAGCACGGCAUCCGGUUGAGUUCGAAUUCCGUUGGAGAUGACAAGGACUCGUCCUUUUCCAUUCCACAGACGACCGAACAUGACGCACCGUUGACCCUCGACGAUUUCUCACCGGCACUACCGUCUCAUCUCAACUCAUUCUCAACACACGACGACGAAACGAGUCAGAUCCAUCAAGAUGCGGCUUAUCUCAGGAGUCUUCCACGUGAACCAGUGCAGAGCAGUCCACGAGCACCAUCGAAUGCGACGCCGCACGGCCAUGCACGCGAAGAAAGCUCGAUGGGAAUGGCUGGAAGCACGACGUCGACGCCUUCAGGUCGAAGGCACGAAUCCUCACGAACGAAUUCCCACAUGUCUGAGCCACGAUUCGGCCAGUCGUCCGUAGCACCUCCCAGCAUGGAUCAAGACACACCCGACAACGAGUGGAGACCGCUGAACACGUUAUUGGCUCAGCACGGGUUCUCUCCCAUCGAGUUAAUACCAACGAGUACUGGAGUCAUUCCAAAGAUGGAUGCUUUAUUCGCGGUAGUUCACGAUUUGAUAGUCCAACUCGAGCGCCGUGGGCAGAUCAUUCAGGACCUCGUUUUGGACUCGGACUUACACGCAAAGAAGCACGCGAAGGCCGAAACGCACUUGGCCUCGCACGAAAUGAAGAUCACAGACGUCACCGAAGCCCUCGAGCGGUCGCAGGGAGAAGUGCAAUCGCUUAAGGUACAUGGCGUCCCUGGUGGCCUCGAACGCAAUCGUUGGUGUACCCACGUAGACGGAACUUAUGCGAGCCACGGCAAAGCUCGAGUCGGAGCAAAAGGCAUUCAAACUCCAGAAAAGCAAGCUAGAACAGCAACUCAAGAUCAGCGAGCACCGCGUCAAGGCUAAGGAAGGGCUCCUUGAGCGGCUACAACACAAGUUUCAGCAAGUGAUGGACAAGGAAGAUGUGUCCAAGACGCGGACGCGUGAAGUGUUUCGCACGAUUCAGCAGCGCGAUCCGCGCAAGUCAAGCGCGGCGGACCUCAAGUCGCUCGAGUUGAUUGCCAUGUACGAAACUGAGCGCGAGAAGAUGACUGCCGAGAUCGCACAAUUGCGCAGCCAAGUCCAAGAGCUGUGCUGCGAUGUACGGGACAAGGAGAACGUGCUGCUGCGUCAGACGGGUGCGAAUGGCUUUACCCAACGCGACGCAUUUGUCGAAAAACUCGAGCAAGCGCGCCUCGAACAAGAGCAGUCGUCGCGCCAACUGCGUCACAAAGAAGCGAUCAUUCAAGAAAAGGUAAACAAAAUCGAGAUCGAACUGCGCCACUCCAAGGACAUCAUUGCCGACCUCCGCGACGAAAAUGCGAAUUUGAUCCUCGAAGUCCAAUCGCGCCCGACGAUACGUGACUACAAGGCCAUCCAGCGCCGCGUCGUGCUGCUGGAGCGACAACUGAGCGACCAAAAAGCCGCCGUGCAGGACGCGCACACACUGGAAGACUUGAGAAAAUACAUGGGGACCGCGGAAUUGAUCCAUAGAGAUAAGGUCAACGCGAAGCUCCAUCUAAAUCGACUCACGACGCUGCCCAAGGAAGCGUGCUUGGACGUGAUUCAAGACAUUUGCCGUCAGCUAGACCUCACCGACGUGACGCUGAUCGGGCCAAGUGUCGCCAAGUUGAUCUCGGUCGUCCAAGCCGUCCCCAGGAUGGAGAAGUUUAUUCACGGCGUGUGUGGGUGCAUUUCCCAAAACGGAAUCGUUCCCCUCGAAAUAGUAACCUCGACCUUGACCAAGUGGAAAAACGACUUGACCCACCUCGCGCAAUUGCAGUCGUUCACAGACAAGCUUCAUGCGAUUCUGUCGAGGCGAAGCCAUGACAACGUCCAGGACAUCCAGGGUCCCAUCUCCCACAACAGAGCGCUGCAUGUGGUCGAAGAGCUCGUGGCGUUUGAGACGCACUUUUCGCACGAGCGAGAAAUGUACAGCUUGGCGAUAACCAACGUCGACGUACACGAGCAUGGCGAGCGGAUCGUACGUUCUCAAGACGGUGUUGUUUUAGAAGCAGCCCGAUGUGCUCAUCCACAAGAUGAUUCAGCACUUUCGGCACUUGUUUGGCGUCAAGUCGAUGGAAGGCGUGUUUCCAAAGAUCAACGAAGUGUUUUUGUUUGUGAACGAGAUGAACAACGCGCUCGCGUCCAUCAAGGAAUCGCUCGGGCUUGCGAGAACUGUGUCUGUGGCACACGCGUUGAACGAGCUGCGAACGGCGCUGCAGAAAAUGACCGAUCCCAAACGGCCUCCACUCGCCCCUGAUACGCACGAGAGCUACGUCGUCACGGGCAAAUCGGACGUCGUCGGCGUCGCGGCAGUGCGCCAGCAGCAUGUCACGCUGACCAAGUUGAAACAAGUCUUGGGCGCUCAGACCAUCGACGAGCUCGUGCCCCGCGCCACCAGGUUGAUGGAACUGCUCAGUGUGUCGGGGCAGUGAUAACAAAGAAAAUGGCGAGUGGCCGACUGUUGUGUGCCUAGCAUUACACGGGAAUUGUCGUACUAUACAAUCGACUCGGCCUUUUCGUCGGGUGCAUCUCCAAACAGCUUGUGCCAAAAGUCGACAAAGAGCGACAGCGGUCUAAACGCGUCCAUGAGUUGGAUGGCACGACGGGUGCGCCGCCACAGUACCUGGCGAAGAGAUCGAACCACUUGUUAGGGGGGGCGCCGCCGUUGACGUAGAGGAUGUAUAAAUAUGCAUGGUGGUUCUUGCCAUCGAUGAAAUAAUACUCUACGAUUGCGA